AUGGACGCCCGUCACCGUGAAGAAACUAGGGUACGACGUCGAAGGGCCCUUGCCUGUGUCGAGUGCCGGAAACGAAAGCUGCGGUGUGACCACAAUCGCCCUUGCAGCAAAUGUCAACGGGCGAAGAAUAGGACAUGUGUCUAUCCCGCCAAUGCUCCUCUUGCCAGUCCGGAAAACCAUAUCAACGACCGACAGGGUAGUCCGUCAAACAUCCAACAGCGCCAGUCCGACCCGGAACAUGGAGUGUUAGCCCAAACACCAAAGCCCGCGGACCAAGACCGGGUCUUCGCCAGCAGCACCGAUGGAACAUGGCACUCGUCUUCAUUCGGAAGCGUCUUGAUCAGUCAGAUCUCGACUCCGGGGACUGUUUUCCCUCUCGCGGUGACUGAGGCUUCUACGCGCCGACCAGCAAUAGAGCCACUCUAUCCAGCCGAGAAGUCACCUACUAUCGGCUCACUCAUCGAGCUUACAUCUUUACCGACUGUAAUGAUUGUUAAAUCACGAUACAUUUCACCAAGUCACUGGCUGUACUCAGUGAUGCUAAUGUUGCCUGCGCUGAAAUGGCUGGACAAGGAAAUGGUCAAGCAGGUAGAGUGUUGGCAGGGCCUCAUACAUUGUAAAAGCCUGGGAGAAUGCCUCAGAACACGGAGAAUACUCGCAAACUCUCCCGGGCAAUAUGGCUCUUACAUACUCGAUCACGCCGUGUCAGCCGCGUUGCUUCAGAAUUACCUCCGAAGCUUUGAGCAGAUCUACCGCAUUAAUCAUGCGCCGAAGCUGCAGAAAGAGCUCGAGACAUUUCUUCAAGAUCGCGCUUCGGUCAACCACGAAUGCAUUGUAAGACUUCAGCUUUGCUUUGCACUUGGAGCUCUAACAUACGAUGAUCUAUUCUCUCUUCGACCGCACGCUCUUCAAUGGAUCUACGAGGCCCAAUCUUGGCUUGCCAACGCUGAGAACUCACAGCCAAGUAUCUCGGGCAUUCAAAUCAUGUGUCUCUUGCAGCUGGCUCAGCAGACAACAGAGUCACUCUAUGGGGAUCGGAUCUCAGCUCUCUCAGGCAACCUUCUUCGGUCUGCGAUGUGCAUCGGGUUGCACCGAGAUCCGAUUGGGCUGCCGCGAAUGUUGCCUUUCCAGGUCGAGAUUCGACGCCGUCUCUGGACUACUGUGUUAGAGCUGGUUCUAGAAGCAAGCAUAGAGUCUGGCCAGCCGGUUCUCAUCUCAUCCGAGGACUUUGACUGUAGCUUACCCUCAAAUCUGAACGACGACCAGCUGCACUGCGAGUCUACAGUCCGUCCCAUUCCGAAGGACCCCAGUCUUCACACCGAUAGUUCCCUACAAAUUGCUCUCGGUCAGUCCUUGACGUUGAGACUGACAAUUGCUAAAUUGUGGAACAAGGUGAAGCAGGAGGCGAACUACGCCACAAUCCUACAGCUUAGUCCGCAGCUUACUGCCACCCGCCAGAUUUUAACAACUACGCUCAAGAACUUGAGCAAGAAUACUUCGCUAUUGACUUGUCAUAUGUGCGAGAUGGUACUUGUGCGAUACGUCUUUACGCUGCAUUUACCUUACAUGCUUCUACCCGAUUCUGUCUUUUCCCACUCACGACGCGAGUGCAUAGAUGCCGCGCUGCAUCUGACAUACAGUACUCUGCCAGUAUCCGAUACGAACGAGCCACUCUCGGAGCUUCUACAGCAAGCAAAUAACGAAGAUUACUGUCCCGAAUUUGGCCGAUUGAUAGUCUGCGGCUCGGGAUCCUUGCGGUCGGCACAGCAUAUUGCUAUCAGUGUGAUCGCGGCAGAUCUCAACACCAUGAUAUCAGAAAGAGGCAAAAUAGCGACAGGGUCGGCUCUAAGGGUCGCGGAAGAGCGUUGGCUACUGAAGGCUGGUGUUGCAUGGGCGAGACAGAGAAUCGAGGCAGGGCAAGAGAAUGUGAAAGAUUAUGUAUUUUUUGCGAUCGUGCUUGCCGCAGCAGAGGCUGUCUUGAAAGGCAAACCAGUCGAAGAAGAGAUGACAGAGCGAUGCAAGGAGGCAAUCGCGGACGCGAAGACGUUGCUAUCGGAUAUGACUGGGGGAACAACGAUUGGGCCCACUAGCGCUGUUCAAUAUGCAGAGAGUGAGAAUUAUUUGGAGGAUAUCGGAGCUUUCUGGGCAAGUGACUUCCCGUCCCUUGACUGGGGUGGAUUCAUGCCAAUGCCACACAGCUAA